CGACGACGACGACGGUGGAAGUGGUAGCAAAGACGCCGUCCCUGCCGAUGGUGGUGGUGGUUGGUGUUGUCAGUGGAGGUGGCGAACAUCGUCCAAGAACCCAGAGAAGUGAGCGUUGACCGUGAUCAGGAGGGUGCAGUGGGGGUUCGAGGUUGUGGUGCACAUUGGAGGGGGAAGCAUAGUUACCGAGAGGAGCUUAGCCGUUAGGUCGUUCAGUGGUUCGUGGCUCUGCGUAUGCCUGUAUGCGUGAGCACGUAUAAGCGCGUGUACGCGUGUAUGGGUGACGAGGAAAGGGACGAAGGAGGUACUGUCGCGAAGAGGAGUGGGAGAAAGAGGCGACGGAACCGCGCGCUCCACGGCCUCCCACGUCGUGGAUCGUCAUUCCUAGCCGAGUCUUUUCGACGCUCGCGACGCUUCUCCAGCCCCAGAGACUUUACCGAUCCUUUAACAUUUCGUCUUCAUGUACGCUUGUCCGGAAACGACACGGUCCUCCACGUCGUAACAGCGUGCCCUUGCUGGCUUCGAGUGGUGUAGCUAUUCCAACGAUUCAACAGUCGGCACCCGAAUUUCGACACCCUACUACGUAUUUCCUACCCGCUAUUUACCCCCUCUCCCUGGUGGAAGCUUCGCCUAUUAAUUUCUCUGUCUCCCACCCUCGGAGAUCCCUUUAGCCUAGUCACAUCCCCCGAGAGCGACCGAGAGACACAGGCAAGGAGAAAGCGUAGUAGAAGAAAGUCAGUAAAGAAAGGAGGAGGAUCAGUGCGAGCACGUCCGUUGACGGGUUCAAUUCGCAAUAGUUGAAAGUAACACGGUUCGUUGGUUCCCGCCGGACAAGGCUGUGUAGUACACGCGGUUCUCCUAGGAUAUAUACCGACACGCCACCCACCAUUUGUGUAUGUGCCAGUCUGCCUGCACGCGUGUGGGUAUCACGACGACGGUUCAGGCCACCGAAAAGUGAAUUGGACGAUUCGGAACAGACAGCCGGAGCAGCGACUUUGAUUGUCGGUAGUUUGCGAUCGACCGAGAAACUAGCUCGUUAGAGCGCGAGAAUAAACGCAAACGCUUGCCAGAGGCUCUUUUUGAUACACGGUCGAUCGUGAGUUUUAACGAGGAUGUCGCACAAGAUGCAGAGCCAAGGAGGGCCGGUUCUCGGGGGCAAAUUACAGAGAACACCAAUGCGCCCAAUGAUAGCGGAAUACGACCCAAAGAAGCACGGUGUGAAAACAGAACUGUCAGACAUGGUUCUUGUCAAAUACAAGUGCGAGAAAAAUGACGUACCGAUUACCGUCACGAACGGUUCGACGUUGCCGCUCGUGGAACGACCAAACGACGAGGAAGCGGCCCUUUACAACCCGUUCGAGCAUAGGAAGUUGGCACAUCCGACGUCAGACUUGGACACCCUGAUACAUCUGCUGAAAGGCAGCCUGGGAACCGGAAUUCUAGCUAUGCCAAUGGCAUUCCGUAAUGCCGGUCUGCUCUUCGGGCUCUUCGCUACCUUCUUCAUCGGUGCCGUUUGUACCUACUGCGUGCACAUCUUGGUCAAGUGCGCGCAUAACCUAUGCAGGCGGACUCAGACGCCGAGUCUAGGCUUCGCUGAUGUCGCCGAAGCCGCGUUUCUGGUCGGACCCGAACCUAUCCAGAAAUACGCUCGCCUGGCUAAGGCAACGAUUAAUUCGUUCCUAGUGAUCGACCUAAUAGGUUGCUGUUGCGUGUACAUCGUUUUCAUCUCGACGAACAUCAAGGGGGUGGUCGACUAUUAUACAGAGACCGACCGGGAUAUCCGGUAUUUUAUGGCGGCGCUAUUGCCUCUCUUGAUUAUAUUCUCUCUCGUGAGGAACCUGAAAUACCUGGCGCCGUUCUCCAUGCUUGCGAACGUGUUGAUCGCCACUGGAAUGGGGAUCACGUUCUACUAUAUUUUCAGCGAUCUGCCCAGCAUCCAUGACGUGCCCAACUUUUCGAGCUGGUCUCAGUUACCUCUGUUCUUUGGCACCGCCAUCUUCGCCCUCGAAGGCAUCGGUGUUGUGAUGCCUCUGGAGAACAAUAUGAAGACACCGACGCACUUCAUCGGUUGCCCAGGCGUGUUGAACACCGGCAUGUUCUUCGUGGUAUUGUUGUACAGUACCGUCGGUUUCUUCGGCUACUGGCGAUACGGCGAGAACACGAAGGCCUCGAUCACUCUGAACCCAGAGCAGAGCGAGAUUCUGGCCCAGUCCGCGAAGGUAAUGAUCGCGGUAGCGAUCUUCCUUACCUACGGCCUCCAGUUCUACGUACCAAUGGAAAUCAUUUGGAAGAACGUGAAGCAAUACUUCGGUUCGAAGAAGCGUCUGGCCGAGUACAUGAUCCGUAUCGUCAUGGUGAUCUUCACCGUGGGCGUCGCGAUCGCUAUUCCAAACCUAGGUCCAUUUAUUUCUUUAGUAGGCGCUGUGUGCCUGUCCACCCUGGGACUGAUGUUCCCAUCCGUAAUCGAAUUGGUCACCGUAUGGGAACAGGAGAACGGUUUGGGAGCAUGCUACUGGAAGCUCUGGAAGAACCUGGCCAUCAUCUCGUUCGGCGUGCUGGGCUUCCUGACCGGCACCUACGUGAGCAUCCAGGAGAUCCUCGAGGAGCACAAAUGAAGCACCGGGUUCGAAGGAGCUGCGGUGCGACGGAAUAAUCGCUCAGCGCGUACCACAGAUGUCGGCGUGUCGUUGGACACCUUCCGCGCUCUCGUCGAGCGGAUUCGUCGGACCAGAGGGACGACGAUGACGACCACCAGGAGGGUGAUGCCGCCGCCGCUGGGCCACCCAGCGUAAGGUCACGCGGCCACGCGAGCUCCGAACUUCUAGAUUCGUCUCGCUCCUUCUCUAUAUUUCUCUCCACAUCGAUUGCACGACGACUGUAACGACGACGAAGACGUCACGUAGUAGAUGGGAUCCACGAUCGAUCCUCACAGUUCUUUUAUACUUUUUUUUCCUUUCCUUAUCUUCGUUAUUCUUAUUCUUUAUUCUCUCUGGAAUCGUAGACGGUGUCGCUGUGUCCGGAUACCAAGAGGAGUUCGUGUAUCGAAU